CCGUUUACUCUGACCGGUAAACUACAAAUGUGCGCGUAUGGAGGAAGCCAACAUGAAGCCUGGAGGAGAAACAGAGGCUUUGACGAGAUGAAAGCUAAAUGGAGUCCAGAAGAACUCAUAAAAUUAGUGACAAAGUUGGGAACAUACAAAUGGGCCGGGAUCGCCAAGUACCUAAAGGGCCGCAUGGGGAAGCAGUGCCGAGAACGGUGGCACAAUCAACUGGACCCGUCGGUGAAUAAACAGUCCUGGACCGCCGAAGACCUCCUUAUCUGCAAAGCCCAUAGCAUUCUGGGAAAUCGUUGGACCAAAAUCGCCAAACUGCUUCCUGGGAGGACUGAUAACUCCAUCAAGAACCAUUGGUACUCAAAUCUGCAGCGUAAAAUGACCACCGGUGCUCUGGUGAUCGACUCUGAUACUGCGGCUGCUUCGCUUUACGAAGAAACGUCUAUAAUCGAGAUAAAGGAGGGCGAAGCGGCUCGUCCUGGAGAAGAGGAGGCUGAAAUGGAUGACCCUUGUGGUGGUAGUGUGCAGUCUGUGACCGACGUACCUGACCAGGUAACAUACUGUAUUACUGAUCUUGUGUGUGGAGCAUCACAUGCUCUAUAACAGACAAGCUGAGUUAUAAAUGUGCAGAGAGAUGAUUAAAGCUCCACGACUCCUGAUACCAGUGUACAAGACUCCAGUUACACUGUUUUAAACCCGGUCCUAAUGACAGAUGCUUCAGAGCAGAAGAUAUCUUUAAAUUAUUUGUGAUGUACUUUUUGAUCAGGUUCUAAGCCACAUGGU